UAGUUUUUUUUUUAAGUGACUGGAAUAAAAAGACGGGUUGAAUGAAAUGGACACUGAGGCAGAGUAAAACCUGAAGGAGGCAGUAAUGCAACAUUGUGGACACCAACUAUGGUAAAACCUCAAAGAAGAAGAAGAAAAACCAUCUUGCGGCGAUAUUCAAUCUUUGAAAGGUCAGCCCCGGGUCCGGAAGGCAGGCGAUGACGAUGAUGCGGUAAAUCAAGGGCGGAGUUUCCUGUCUCUUUGUAGGAAUGCCGGGUGGAGACUAUGGGGAGCUUGGGGGCAGCCUCCCUGCCAUCGCCUCCUUGAACGCUUCCUACUCUACAUCGCUGUCCCUCCCUUCCCCGUACCUGUUACCACCCGCAGAACGCAAGGCCAUCUCUGACGUCCGCCGCACCUUCUGUCUCUUUGUGACAUUCGAUCUGCUCUUCAUCUCCCUUUUGUGGAUUAUUGAGCUGAAUAUCUCCAGCUCAAUCUGGGACCGCUUAAAAAGUGAGGUUGUCCUUUAUGAUUACAGAUCUUCCUUCUUUGACAUCUUUCUGCUUGCCUUGUUUCGUUUCCUGUGUCUACAAGUGGGUUACGCUGCUUUUCGGUUGAAGCAUUGGUGGGUAAUUGCGGUUACCACUCUAGUGACCAGCGUCUUCCUCGUUGUUAAGGUCAUCGUAUCUAGUCUCCUUUCCCAGAAUGCCUUUGGCUAUGUGAUUCCCAUCACUUCGUUUGUGGUGGCCUGGCUGGAGACCUGGUUCCUUGACUUCAAGGUGCUCACUCAGGAGGCAGACGACGACAGAGCCUACCUGGCAGUGGUGAACGCAGCCUGUGAACGAGCCCCCAUGAUCUACCCCCGCGCUGUUUCAGACGGACAGUUUUACUCUCCACCUGAAUCCGUCGCAGGAUCUGAAGAGGAUCUGGAUGAGGAGGGUCUUGGACGCAAAGCUGUCACGACACAGGAGAAGGAGUAUGUCAGACAGGGUCGUGAGGCCAUGUCUGUGGUCGAGCAGAUCUUAGCCCAGGAGGAAAACUGGAAGUAUGAAAAAAACAAUGACAUGGGAGACUGUGUCUACACUUUAGAGAUCCCAUUCCAUGGGAAGACUUUCAUUCUGAAGGCCUUUAUGCAGUGUUCUGCUGAGCUUGUGUAUCAGGAGGUAAUUCUGCAACCAGAGAAGAUGGUCCAGUGGAACAGAACUGUUUCCGCCUGCCAGAUCCUUCAGAGGGUUGACGACAACACUCUAGUAUCAUAUGAUGUGUCCUCUGGAGCUGCAGGGGGAGUUGUGUCUGCGAGGGACUUUGUUAAUGUUCGACGGGUGGAACGCAAACGAGACUGCUACCUGUCUGCCGGCAUGGCAACUGACCACGACGGCAAACCUUCAAGCGGUCGCUACGUCAGAGGAGAGAACGGUCCAGGAGGAUUUGUGGUGCUCAAAUCCAGCAGUAACCCGUCCGUCUGCACCUUCAUCUGGGUCCUCAACACAGACUUGAAGGGCCGACUGCCCCGCUACCUCAUCCACCAGAGUCUGGCGGCCACCAUGUUUGAAUUCAUGUCCCAUUUACGUCAACGUAUCGCUGAGCUGCGGCCCUCGUUCCGCUCCCACCAACACACAUAAAACAGGAGAGACAUCUUUGACUGAGAGAUGUCCCUAUUCUUUUCUGUUUGUGGACCCCAAAAAUGUGCUUUAGCAGUACCCUCAGCUGAAGGGAUGUGCUAACCUGACUGAGAACACUUGUGAGACAUGCAACCACACUUCAGUCACAAAGAGGAGUUUUUCAGAUUUCAAAGACAAUGUUCCUCCUCCUCUUUAAACUUUAACAUUGUUUUUUUAAGCGUGAUCACAUACAUAUUUUUAUGUGGACCUGUAAUUGUCUUGCUGUGUCCCUCUCCGUGCAAUGAGUACUGUGCUUCCUGAAUCUGCUAAGUCGUCUUGUGGCAGGGUGGACAAUACUGAAACAAGAAAACCUGUAUGAGCAUCCCAGUGAAUGUCACUGUUUAGGCAUCUGUUUCACUUGUUACAAAAGAACUGGUGCAGUGGCAUGAAGGAGCUGUCUCCCUGAGCCUUUUCUUACUGCACACAUUGAUUUGCUGCUUUUGUUUUAAUUAUUUUCUUUGUAUGUUUUCACUGUAUCAACUUAAAUGUGUUUUUCUGGUGCACCUGCCCUAAAAGAAAUCCACACUUCACAGCCAUAUUCUACACAAACACUUAACUUAAAUGGGUAAAAGCGAUAUCCACACAGUUUAUUCUCCUUUUCUACACUGUAAUAGAUGGGGAAAUGUGUCACCUAAUCACCACUAGAGGGACAUGCCACUGAGCCACAUACUGAAAGCCUCCUACUGUGGUUCGACAUCAUCCUCUAUCCCAAGGUGAAAAAAUUGGUUAACAUGUAAUGAAUUGUUACUGAGGGUUUUUAAUACUGCUUUUGUUUUGCAUGUUGGGAUCAGCCAGGAAGUCAAACCAGUCAGUCAGAUGAGGUGAUGUGCUGCAAAUGCAUUGUCAAGCUCAUUAAGACAAAUGAAGAUGAUGGUGAUGUUGUUCAUAAAUUGGGCUGCUGUAUACCAACUAAAGCAAAUUUUGGUGCCAAUAACCUGUAGUGGCCUUAUGGUGAAAGAGCUGACUCAUUAUUUGUCUUCAAAAGUUAUUACUGUACGGAUUUCCAUUGACUUUAGUUUUGGCUUCCCUCCUGGCCUGAGAUGUGGCACUGAAUGAUGUUUUUUGAUAAUUUCUUACAUUAUUGAGCAUGAUAAUGAAUUAGAAAUGUCACUUCUAGCUUGAGUUUUAGCUUUGUUUCACAGUCUGUACAUUCAUAUAAAUCACAAUUUAACAAUGUGAAUGUAAUGAAAACUAAAAAGACUGAGGUCUGGUCUUUGGUUCUGUGGAGUUGAACCAAAGAGAGCAACUUGUUCUCCAUGUGCUUUUCAAUCUUGAGAAAUAAGCCAUGAAACAACUUUAUUGAAAUGUUCAUACGUUGGAACGGCAUAUGCAUGGGUGCAAACCGAUUGAAUGUGAGUGUAAUGUGGUCAUGUGCCACAUCACACCCGCAUCAUGGCCACACGGCCUUGAGGCCUUUUACUUUGUAAGCCCGGGUUGAUUUUGAAUGCUGCGAUCACAGUCUGAAAUUAUUCACUUUUAAAAAGUCAGACAAGGGGCUAGAAAUUUAAGGGGAUUGGUUUUAGCCAUUCAGCACGGUAUUGACAGGAUGUUGUUAAUGAGAUCAACGUUUUGGUGCCUUUAACAUAGUCACAUUACAUGUCUGCCUUUUCUUUUGCUUUUCAUUGAUUUUAUACUGUUGAAUCACUUCUUAAUGCGUUCAGCAAAGUUAUACUGUAUGAGUAUAAAGAUUGCUAAGGGUACAUGUUUUCUUUGAAAGCUUUUUUAUAACAUUUUCAAUGCGUCUAUAGACCAUUCAUCAAACAUGUUAAUUUAAAGCUAUCACAUACUCUAUACUGACCAACCGUUUUUGAGUCUUAACCAGUGUCUUAUGUCUAAUUAAAAUAUAAACUCAU